AGCUGGGGACUGGGGGCAGGGCAGGGAGGAGGAGGAGAGGCAAGUGACUGCUGGGGAUGCUAUCCCUCCCCCCACAAUCCUGGAAGCUGUCUGGAGUGAUUUCUCUGGCAUGAUUGCUCAGGAGGAUUGUGAAAUGCCAGCCUUCAUUAAAGAACUUGGGAAAGAAACCCAGCCUGAGACAGAUGCUCACGGCCUCGAUGCGGUCCUCAGAACUCUGUUCCCUAAAAGUCACCCUCACCAUUGUUCCACUGCACCGAGAAAAGAAAUGGUCAUAAAAGAUACCUUUAAUGGGACUGUGACCUUUCUACCAUUGGAGGAAAAUGAUGAAGGAAAAUAUCAGGUUAAGAAGUGCAACAUUUAUCAAAUUCGACUUACACACACUAAAGAUGAUGAAUGGUCUGUGUCUAUUUUAACUUCAUCUCCAGAAAACUGGGUCGCAGAUGGAAUAGUAUACCCCAAAAGAACGUGGCUUGGAAAUGAACUAUUGUCCAAACUGGCUAAAUGGUCCACUGAGGAAAAGCAGAGUGAGUUUAAAAGUACACUCUCGCUCAUUUCUGUGGCUAAAUACAGCAGGGUUUAUCAAGAGCUAAAACAAAAAUACAAAGAAAUGGUAAAGGUGUGGCCUGAAGUAACAGAUCCUGAAAAAUUUGUAUAUGAAGAUGUUGCCAUUGCUACUUAUCUGCUGAUCCUUUGGGAAGAAGAGAGAGCAGAAAAAGGGUUGUCUAAGAAACAGUCUUUUGUAGACCUAGGAUGUGGAAAUGGUCUGCUGGUUCAUAUUCUGAGCAAUGAAGGGUACCCAGGUAGGGGAAUUGAUGUCAGAAGAAGAAAAAUAUGGGACAUGUAUGGACCACAAACACAUUUAGAGGAGUCUGCCCAAGCAGAUUGCAAGAUUGUGGUCAAAGAGGACAAGUGGCACAAGAAGAGUGGUGGGAGAAGGAUACAAUCAAAUGAAUGUGCAAUCAGACCAGAUGACAGUUAUCUCUUUCCAAAUGUUGACUGGCUAAUAGGAAACCAUUCAGAUGAGUUAACGCCAUGGUUACCUGUAAUUGCAGCUAGGUCUUCCUAUUCUUGUUGCUACUUUGUACUGCCUUGUUGCUUCUUUGAUUUCCAUGGAAAAUAUAACCGAAGGCAAAGCCAGAAGACACAGUACAGAGAAUAUCUUGAUUUUGUUACAGAAGUAGGAUUGGAAUGUGGCUUCAGUGUGGAAGAAGAUUGCCUUAGAAUUCCCUCAACAAAAAGGGUGUGCCUCAUUGGGAAGUCCAGAACAUAUCCACCUCUGCAAGAGGAUCGGAUCGAUAAACAGAGAACACAGUAUAUUAACAACCGUCAGUCCUGCACUGGGGUCACAUCAGACAAAACAGUUGGAUCUAAUCAGUGUGACAACUGUCAUGUUGUAAACUGUGUCAUUGACCAAGCAGUAGAGUUGGAGUGUGCUGCAAAUGAGACAAAGACAGAUGGUGACAGGGUCUGGUUGUCUGGAUUUCAACCCAGAGAAAAAGUAGAACAAGUCAGGAACUGUGCUGCUCUCCCUCGGGAUUUUGUAGAUGAUGUGGUUUUGACCGUGGCAAGCUUACUGUUAAAUGCAACCCAAGAGAAGCCAUGGGAUCAUACACUUGAUGUACGUUUGAACACCUGGAAUAAAGGAGAAAGUCUUUCCUUGAGGGAAGUAGCAGAACAUUUAGACAAAGAGACUUUAAGGAGAUUAAAGAAUGAAUAUGGAGGCCUGCAGACAUUACUCAGGAACAAUCAUCAGGUGUUUGAAGUUCUAAAUGGAAGAGUUCAUAUUCGUGAUUGGAGAGAAGAGAAGCCCUCAAAGCGAACCAAGCCAGAAGUAAAACGAAGAUUUUCUGCUGAAGCUUUUAAAACAUGUCUCUGCUGGUUUUUCAUCCACCAUCCUGAUGGCUGUUCUCUGACUUCUGAAUCUUGUCCAUAUGCUCAUGGGACUGAAGAGCUGAGGCAGUCUCAGAUUAUGAAAAAGAAAAAGCACCCAUAGUAAUAAAGUACUGUUGGUUACUCUUAAUAAGUACAAUUAAGUGGAUUUCUGAUUAAUUUAAUGGACUGCUGACUGCAUGAAAAAUGUAUAAGGUUAAGUCUCUCUUUAUUUAUGUGUUCAUUGUAUUUAUCCAGUUUCUAAUAAGUCCUUUUCUAAUUUUAAGUGAUUUUUUUUUCUUUUUUAGGGAUUUUUAUGGACAGCUGUGAAAAUGUUGAAAUCCAGACGAAAAUGUCCAUGAUUUAUUUUUUUUUAUUUUAUUUUAUUUUUGGUAACAUCCUUAAAGUAUAGGAUUUUACAUUUUAAAAACAGUUGUGGUCUGACUGCUCAAUGGUUAUGUUUUGUUCAAACAGAAAAGUAAAACCAACUUUUAAAAUCUCA